GGGUACUUUGGGUAUAAUGACCUGAACUGACAGCUGGAUCAUCAGACUUGCGGUCAGUUGGGGACAUGUGACCAUAAUAUAGAGGAUCUGCCCCGACAAGUAUUCACCUCAUCAUCCGAGAGCAAGAAGAUAAAUCAUGUGCAGGAAUAUCCCCUCAAAUGUCUCCAUAUAACAUCCUGGAAUUGUAUAGAAUUAAAUGUUUAUUCACAAUACAGGUUCCUAUAAGGUGUCAGGACGUGGCGGUCUAUUUCUCCAUGGAGGAGUGGGAGUAUGUAGAAGGACACAAGGAUCAGUACAAGGAUCAGGUCAUGAUGGAGGAUCAGCAGCCCCUCACAUCACCAGUCAGAUCCAGUAAGAGAACAGCACCAGAGAGGUGUCCCCGUCCUCUUCUUCCACAGGAUGAUCAGGGUGAAGAUCUGAACAAUAUUAAAACUACAGAGACAGAUGUGAGCGGUGAUAAGCAGUUUAAGGAGAACUUUCCUACAGAGAAAGAUCUGAUCUAUGUUAAUGCUACAGACAUAAAGGAAGAAGAAGAGACAGAUGUGAGCGGUGUUGUGCAGUAUAAGGAGGACAUUCCUACAGGGGAAGUUCUUAUCUAUAUUAAUGCUCCAGAGACAAAAGUGAGCCGUAAUAAGCAGUAUAAGGAAAACAUUCCUACAGGGAAAGAUCUGAUCUAUAUUAACGCUACAGACAUAAAGGAAGAAGAGGCAGAUGUGAGCAGUAAUGAGCAGUAUAAGGAGGACAUACCUAUAGGGAAAGAUCUGAUCUAUGUUAAUACUACAGACAUAAAGGAAGAACAAGAGACAGAUUUGAACUGUUAUGAGCAGUAUAAGGAGGACAUUCCUACAGGGAAAGAUCUGAUCUAUAUUAAUGCUACAGACAUAAAGAAAAAAGAAGAGACAGAUGUAAGCGGUGAUGAACAGUAUAAAGAGGACAUUCCUACACGGAAAGAUCGGAUCUAUAUUAAUGCUACAGACAUAAAGAAAGAAGAAGAGACAGAUUUGAGCAGUGAUGAGCAGUAUAAGGAGGACAUUCCUACAGGGAAACAUCUGAUUUAUAUUAAUGCUACAGACAUAAAGAAAGAAGAGUCAGAUGGGAGUGGUAAUGAGCAGUAUAAGGAGGACAGCCCUACAGGGAAAGAUCUGAUCUAUAUUAAUGCUACAGACAUAAAGGAAGAACAAGAGACAGAUGUGAGCAGUGAUGAUCAGUAUAAGGAGGACAUUCCUACAGGGAAACAUCUGAGCUCUAUUAAUGCUACAGACAUAAAGGACCAACAAGAGACAGAUGUAAACAGUGAUAAGCAGUAUAAGGAGGGCAUUUCUACAGGGAGAGAUAUGAUCUAUAUUAAUGCUACAGACAUAAAGAAAGAAGAAGAGACAGAGAUGAGCAGCGAUGAGCAGUAUAAGGAGGACAUUUCUGCAGGUAACUGCCCAGAUUCUUGUAGCAGGAGAUCAGAGGAGAAUCUUAUAUCUUCAGAUUAUAAAGCAGAUGAUGAUAUCACACAAGAUACAUAUGAAGAACAUUCCAUUAUCCCAGAUACACCCUCAGCCCUUCACAGCCAAGAUCUGUCAUCUCAUCCUUAUAUACAGGUCCUGUCUUCUCAGUCAUCACAGGAUAUUCAGAAAAAUAAGAGUCACAGAAGGAAUGAUGGACACCAACAAGCUCAUACAGGAAAGAAAACAUAUUCAUGUUCAGAAUGUGGGAAAUGUUUUACUUCUAAAUCAGAUCUUGUUGUACAUCAGAGAACUCACACAGGAGAGAAGCCCUUUUCAUGUUCACAAUGUGGAAAAUGUUUCACUCAGAAAUCGCAUCUUGUUGGACAUCAGAGAACUCACACAGGAGAGAAGCCAUUUUCAUGUUCAGAAUGUGGAAAAUAUUUUACUUCUAAAACGUGGCUUGUUCAGCAUCAGAGAACUCACUCAGGGGAAAAACUGUUUUCAUGUUCAGAAUGUGGGAAAUGUUUUACUUCUAAAUCACGGCUUGUUGAACAUCACAGAACUCACACAGGUGAGAAGCCAUUUCCAUGUUCAGAAUGUGGGAAAUGUUUUACUAAGAAAUCAAAUCUUGUUGAACAUCAAACAGCUCACACAGGAGGGAAGCCAUUUUCAUGUUCAGAAUGUGUAAAAUGUUUUACUUCUAAAUCACGGCUUGUUAGACAUAUGAGAAUUCACACAGGGGAGAACCCAUUUUCAUGUUCAGAAUGUGGGAAAUGUUUUACUUCUAAAUCAAAUAUUAUUGAACAUCAGAGAACUCACACAGGGGAGAAGCCAUUUUCAUGUUUAGAAUGUGGAAAAUGUUUUACUAAGAAAUCAAAUCUUGUUGAACAUCAAAUAACUCACACAGGUGAGAAGCCAUUUCCAUGUUCAGAAUGUGGGAAAUGUUUUACUCGGAAAGCACAUCUUGUUGUACACCUACAGAAAUGUCUGUUAUACAAAAUGCAAACAGAAUCCAAAACAGUAGUGAGGAAGUCCUCUAGUGGGCGCUGUCGGGCCCCUGUGUGUGAAGGAUGGAGAGGAACCCUGAGCCCAAUCCCAGGGCCCCCACCUCACUCCCUGAUACAGGAGGAAAUGGAUGAACAGAAGAUCCGAGAACUAAUCAACAAGAUGAUGGAGCUGCUGACUGGAGAGGUUCCUAUAAGGUGUCAGGACGUGGCGGUCUAUUUCUCCAUGGAGGAGUGGGAGUAUGUAGAAGGACACAAGGAUCAGUACAAGGAUCAGGUCAUGAUGGAGGAUCAGCAGCCCCUCACAUCACCAGUCAGAUCCAGUAAGAGAACAGCACCAGAGAGGUGUCCCCGUUCUCUUCUUCCACAGGAUGAUCAGGGUGAAGAUCCGAACAAUAUUAAUGCUCCAGAGACAGAUGUCAGCGAUGAUGAGCAAUAUAAGGAGGAUAUUCCUACAGGGAAAGAUCUGAUCUAUAUUAAUGCUACAAACAUAAACGAAGAAGAAGAGACAGAUGUGAGCAGUGAUGAGCAGUAUAAGGAGGACAUUCCUACAGAGAAAGAUCUGAUCUAUAGUAAUACCACAGACUUAAGGGAAGAAGAAGAGACAGAUGUGAGCAGUGAUGAGCAGUAUGAGAAGGACAUUCCUACAGAGAAAGAUCUGAUCUAUAGUAAUAAGACAGACUUAAGGGAAGAAGAAGAAAAGACAGAUGUGAGCAGUGAUGAGCAGUAUCAGAAGGACAUUCCUACAGAGAAAGAUCUGAUCUAUAGUAAUACCACAGACUUAAGGGAAGAAGAAGAAGAGACAAAUAUGAGCAGUGAUGAGCAGUAUAAGGAGGACAUUCCUACAGGUAACCACCCAGAUUCUUGUAGCAGGAGAUCAGAGGAGAAUCUUAUAUCUUCAGAUUAUAAAGCAGAUGAUGAUAUCACACAAGAUACAUAUGAAGAACAUUCCAUUAUCCCAGAUACACCCUCAGCCCUUCACAGCCAAGAUCUGUCAUCUCAUCCUUAUAUACAGGUCCUGUCUUCUCAGUCAUCACAGGAUGUUCAGCAAAAUAAAGGUCACAGAAGGGGUGUUGGACAUCAACGAGCUCAUACAGGAAAGAAACCAUAUUCAUGCUCAGAAUGUGGAAAAUGUUUUACUCAGAAAUCAAGUCUUGUAGUACAUCAGAGAACUCACACAGGAGAGAAGCCAUUUUCAUGUUCAGAAUGUGGAAAGUGUUUUACUGAGAAAUCAAGUCUUGUUAAACAUAAACGAGCUCAUACAGGGGAGAAACCAUAUUUAUGUGCAGAAUGUGGGAAAUGUUUUACUGAGAAAUCAAAGCUUGUUCGACAUCAAAGAACUCACACAGGAGUAAAGCCAUUUUCAUGCUCAGAAUGUAGAAAAUGUUUUACUCAGCAUUCACAUCUUGUUACACAUCAAAGAACUCACAGAGAUGAGAAGCCAUUUUCAUGUUCAGAAUGUGGAAAAUGUUAUAAUAAGAAAUCAGGUCUUGUUCAGCAUCAAAGAACUCACACAGGGGAGAUGCCAUUUUCAUGCUCAGAAUGUAGAAAAUGUUUUACUGGCAAAUCAAAUCUUUUUACACAUCAAAGAACUCACACAGGGGAGAAACCAUAUUCAUGUUCAAAAUGUGGGAAAUGUUUUACUGAGAAAUGCCGUCUUGUUAAACAUAAACAAAUUCACACAGGGGAGAAACCACAUUCAUGUUCAGAAUGUGGGAAAUGUUUUACUGAGAGAUCCAGUCUUGUUAAACAUAAACGAACUCACACAGGGGAGAAACCAUAUUCAUGUUCAGAAUGUGGGAAAUAUUUUUCUGACAAAACAAAUCUUGUUCAACAUCAAAGAACUCACACAGGGGAGAAGCCAUUUUCAUGCUCAGAGUGUGGGAAAUGUUUUACUCAGCAAUCACAUCUUGUUACACAUCAAAGAACUCACACAGGAGAGAAGCCAUUUUGCUGUGCUGAGUGUGGAAAAUGUUUUACUGUGAAAUCAAGUCUUGUUAGACAUCAAAGAACUCACACAGGGGAGAAGCCAAUUCAGAGCAGUAAAUUAUGCAGAUAACACAUCUAUAUAUUCACCAUGUACAUAGGAUAUCUGACAUUUAUAUAUAUAUAUCAUAUACUGCAUCU